AUGAAAGAAAUAACGUCAACGCCUACCAGAGCUAAAAAGUUCCGAAAAGCAAUAUCGUCAGCUAAAAAAGUACCAAUUGCGAGAAAAUACACACCACAAGAAGCAUUAGCGUUAUUUGUAGAAGGUAAUUUUACAAAAGGCCAGUGGGAACUAUUACAAGGUGGUCGAAAAGAAAUUUAUCCUUGCUAUUCGCUUUUACAAAAAGCGAAAAAGGAGUGUUAUCCCGCCGAAGAUAGCAUAAAAGUUACUGAAACUAGCUUCGAAGUGGAACUUCAAGCUUUGCUGGACCACACGGCUUUGCGACUACUUCAGUAUUUAAAAGAAGUGAUUGAAACAUUGUCAGAGUUGGAGAAACAACAUCUUACCUUAAUUUUUGAUUUUUGA